AUGAUAUUACCACCGUAUGAGGACACUUCACCACCAGCUGGCACAAUGAAAGCCAUCACACGAAUUUUGCGUUUGAAUAAACUCGCAGCAGUACUUAAAGGAUCCGAUAAAAAUCAACCAAUUGCAAUAAUCGGUGUUCAUGGAUGGCAACCUAAAAUACUUCAAAAUAUUGUAAAAUUAGAUUCGGGUUUAUUCUGCGCGAAGAUGGCUGAAGCAGUACGUCAAAAACUGGGUUUAGGUCCAAACGAAGGCGAUAUUACAUCUAUUCCGUUGAACGGAUACGGAACAGUUUUAAAACGACGAGAUGACUUUUUGAAACAAAUACAAGCAAACCAGACGACAAGUGAAAAACUUAAGAAUGCCAAAAUUUUGUAUGUGGUUGGACAUUCGCAAGGUGUUCCUGUUAGUGUUUUCUUAUUGCAGAAAUUGAUUGAAGUCGGAUUGGUCAAUCCCAACCAACAGAAGAUUUGCGCUUGCUUGAUGGCGGGAAUUUCGCAAGGACCUAUUUCGAGAUUUGAUCCUGCAGGGAAACUUGCUGAAGCAAUCGAUGAUGAUCAGACAGAGGAAAUGUUUGAAUUUCAAAAGUCUUCGUCGUCAAUAUCGCAAGCAUAUCGUGAUGCUACAGCGAAUAUUCUGAAAGGUGGAGUCAAGAUUGUAUAUUUUGCUUCUGGAAAUGAUGAGGCAGUUCCGCUUCAUUCGGCAUUAUACUCCCAUAUGAGUCACCCGUCAAUUAAACGUGGAAUAUAUGUUGCCACAACGGUGUAUGAAGAAAAAAGAUUUAUAGUAGAUCUAGUAAGAAUCCUUAUUCGAAUCCGAAACAAUGAUUAUUCCGAUCAUGGUCUAUUGAAUCUCUUGAGUGAUUCUCUAAUUGGAUACUUAAUUGACAAAGGACAUUCGGAUUUACACAAUGAACCUGAAGCCUAUCAAUACGCAGUUGACCAUCUAACCAAAUCAAAAGACAACAAAGAUGUCGACAUAAAAUUCACUGAAUUUGAUUACUCAUUGCCUGAAAAACCACAUAGAACCUACGUACCAUGGGCAAUGCGCGGUCUAUUAUCCGACGAAGAGGUAAUCAUUACUGAAAAACUCAUGCCUGAUCUCAAAAGCUUGCGGCAAGUCUAUAAAACUUGGUCGCCUAAUCCGACUGAUUUGGUUGCGGCGGAAUUGAAGUGUGACUUAGAGCCGUUUGGAGAUGAUACGGAGGAAAAGUAUAUUGAGAAAGAAAUUGCAGAUAAACUAAACUAA